AUGCAGAGAGAACAUCUGGUGUGCCUCUUGCUACAGCCACCCACUCAACAAGCAAGCAGCAACAGCUUGGUGCAAUUCGACAUGCUCUUCUCGUCUACGCCAUUCUGGAACAAGUCACAGCUGAGCCACUGGCAAGAUAAGCCUGACACCUUCAAUCAGGCACCUUACAUCAAAGAAUCAUCCACCCGCGAAUGGAAGGAGGCCCUCAAGCAACGGAGAAACAUUUUGUACGACAAAGUUGUGUUUCCGCUUGAGGAUCUGCUACAGGGCACGAAGUGGAUGGAUGAUUUUACCAAAAUCGCGCCGCUGAAUAUGCCUUCCAAAAUCACGGCAAUUCAGGAACCUACUAUAGUACCGGAGAGUCCAAAGGAACGCAAAGUGCUAAAGCCCAAGAAAAAACGCACUAAAAGUGAGAAAUGUGCUAGCGACUGGCUCUUACGCCUGAAAAGUUUCAAUAGAGAGCUAUCAAUGCUGAUCUAG